UUCAGCUCGCUCCUUUGUCACACACGGAGGCGGCAGCAGCAGCAGCAGUUUAUCCGUGCCGCACCCAUUCUGCUCCAUUGCGCGGAUCACUGCGCGCAGGUAACAACCGCCUAAAAAAACUACCGGAAGCAAGGAGAAAGUCCAAACACAGGUGAAGGACACUUUUUCUGAACAAAGUUUGACUCAUUGAGGACGGAAACAAAUGGCUGAAACCGAGCCCUGAUUGGAACAGAUUUAUCGACACAAUAGGCUAAAUCAUUUUUUCCAUCAGUCGCAUUUUACAAAAGGGAGUUCAAAGUGCUCGUGGAGGUGACCUCAGGUAGACUACGUCCAUACUCGACGAGGAUCUGGAUUUACUUGGCAAACGAGUUCGUAUUCACAAGUAUCCUAAAGAUUACAGACCAGUGACUCCAGAGUUCCAGUGGAGGCCUCAGACUUGGAUCCUUCCAGUCCUCACCUGUCCAGCUGAUGGCAUGCGGAUCUCCAAACCAUUGGGACGGGCGAGUCUGAAUGAAGCCCUAAACUUUCCUCUCCGCCUCUCCUCUGCAACACCGCUCUCCUCUUUAUCCCCUCUGCCUCUUCUCUGAUCAUCAUCCACCUGACAUCUCAACAUGGACACCCAAACUGCAGACAAGGAGGGUUGCUACUACAACAGAAGCGUCAAGUUUUUCUAUGAGGAGAGUGGGAAAAACAUCAGCGACCACUGGCGAAAACGUGACUAUGUGAUUGUCACUCUGGGCAUGACGGUCUGCUUCAUCGUCAUCUUCUCAAACCUUUUGGUCAUGGGCGCCAUUUUAAAGAACAGACGCUUUCACUUUCCCAUCUACUACCUGCUGGGUAACCUGGCUUUGGCAGACCUCUUUUCAGGUGUCUCCUACCUGCACUUGAUGUUUCAUACUGGUCCCUGGACCAUUAAGCUGUCUAAGCACCAGUGGUUUGUGCGCCAGGGGCUGAUCGACACCAGCCUGACAGCUUCGGUCUUAAACCUGCUGGCUGUGGCCGUGGAGCGCCAUCAGACCAUCUUCAACAUGCAGCUGCAUAGUAAGAUGAGCACGCGGCGGGUCUUCGUCAUCAUGAUCUUCAUCUGGCUGGUGGCCAUCGUCAUGGGCCUGGUUCCCACCAUGGGCUGGCACUGCCUGUGUGACCUGAUUAACUGCUCCACCAUGGCGCCCAUGUACAGUCGCAGCUAUCUGGUGUUCUGGGCCGGCCUCAACCUGCUCAUCUUCUCCGUCAUGGUGGCCGUCUACACCCGAAUAUUUGUCUAUGUGAGGCACAAGAGCAAGCAGAUGUCGCAUCACACCAGCCAGAUGAGGCACAGAGAGACUGUGUUCAACCUGAUGAAGACGGUCUCCAUGAUCCUGGGCUGUUUUGUGCUCUGCUGGACGCCCGGCCUGGUGGUGCUGCUGCUCGAUGGUCUGGGCUGCGACAAGUGCAAGGUGCUGCGCUACGAGAAGUACUGCCUUGUGCUGGCGGAGUGCAACUCCUUCGUCAACCCCAUCAUCUACUCGUUCAGGGACAAAGACAUGAGGAGGACCUUCAAGGAGAUCCUGUGCUGCCUAUGCCGACGGCGCGGCAAUGCAAAGAGCAGCUCUGAAGUGCAUUUUAACACCCUGGACCGCGAGAAGUAUAAGUCUCGUAUCACCGAGCUGACAGAGAGGAGCAACGGGACGCUUCUCAUCCGCCAAGGCUCAGAGGACACGCCUGUCUCCUCAGAAAAGUGGAAGUAAUGCAUACAACCACAAACUUUCAACACGAGACAGAGUGCAGACGGACACUUUACGAUGAAAUCCUUCCAUCUGUGCAUGUACACGUACACAAGCCACAAGACCUCAGAGUGUGACAGGGUCAGAAACUGUUUAUUCUAUAGGUAAAGUUUAGAUUUGAUCUCAGUACUCAAUGGUUAUACUUUUUGUUGUCUUCAUCACUGGGCAGGAAGACCUUGGAAACUUCUAACAAUCGGCUAACAUUACCUUGAAAUACAAAUGUAGUUGGCAGAAGAGGCUGAUUUGCACUCUGUCGUCGCCUUUCAGCAGAAGAAAGGAGAAUAACCAUCCAUUACUCAUCUAUUCUAAACAACAUGGGGGGACGGUGGCGAGCUUACAUCCUGUUGAGACAUAAAUGAAGCUCCAUUGUUUUCCCCUAAACACAUGCUGUUGUAAGAGAGAGGUCAGAAUAACUGGAAGAAACUGGCAAUGCGUGGAAGAACUGACUGAUAAUGUGUUUGUCUUUAUGUCAUCUAGUUGAAUUUAGUUUGAAUAGGUUCUGUAUCAAAUGGCUUCAGCUUGUAUCCUCUAAUCAUGAGGGUCAUAAUGUUCAGUGUGUUGAAACUGUUACAGAGCUGUUUGAGCCACCAUGUGAUCUUUUUCAAACUGCAGUUGUAGUUGCUGUUGAAAUAGUCCGCAUUUCUGUUAAUCAGACACACUCUAAUUGAUAAAUGAAGGUAGGAAAAAUGACUAGAAUUAUCCCCAAUCCACCCCACACAACCAAAAUCAAAACAGUUUCAACAUAACAUUGGGAUUUAGUAGAGUCAUUGUAACUUUAUCUAUGAAAUGACAUCAUACAUUAAGACUUUUAAGAUGCUGUCAGAGGCCACUUCAGCUUCACAUGAAACAAGUGCCAUGAUGUCCUGGGCCCAGUUGUUCAAAAGUAAUCUGUCCCAAAAACGAUCAGAUUGUAUACAAUCUCAAAACUUUUUUUUUCUUUAAGAAAAAGGGAUUAAGACUAAGGAUUGGAUUAGGCAGUACAGCCGUGGUUUAGCCACUUACUGUAUAACCCCAGUUUGUGUUGUAUAUAACUUUACAGUGAGAUGACUUUGAAUACAAUCAAAUUACAAGGUUUUUAAAUGAUCUUUUGUGAUUAUCAUUUUUUAAAUAUUUUGCUUUAAAAUAGCUGAAUCCAUACAAUGACAUUGUCGAUAAAGUAGCCAUUAAGAUAAAGAUGAUCAAAUGUUCCUCAUCAUAAAUUAACCAAGUAACUCAAUAUUUGUAGAAAAAGAUAUUUAAAGCAGCUCUUUUAGUUUGUGUUGAUUUUGGUUCCCCCCUGUGGUCAAGGCAUGUCGUUUGAAGUUCCUUUUAGAGCACAGGUAAAGCUUAUCCAAUCCAGUUUGUAUUUGAAACACCAAAAGUUAGCUGGAUUACAGUACCUGAUCCUGAUGAGGAAAAGAAGUGGAUUUCCAAAUCCGGAUAAUUUGAAAUCCCAAAUAAAGCUUUUGAACAAUCGGGCCCUGGGUUUAAUAAAGAACUGUUAGUUUGUUGAUUAUUAAAUCGUUAACCACUGUUAUAUUGAUUUUCACAGACUUUAGUAUUACAUCGGGGUUUCCAGGUUGUUAAAAAUAUGUAAAUUAUGCUGUUUAAACGAGCUGGUUUGUUUAUGCAGAACUUCAAGAAAUGUGUGUCCUAUCUUUUAAAGAGGGUGAAAACUAUCUGAUGUUUAAUUUUAAAUUUUUCAUCAAUUGCACUGACCACACAUCGUGGAUUAGAUCCUGUUUGCAGUGCAGGGGUUUCAACUCAUCACAAUUGUUUCUUUUUCUAGUUUAAGAUUGCAGGCUGUCCCUUCUCCAAACAUUAGUUUUUCAUAUGCACGUUUUCAUUCGCUGUUUGCUACUGACACUUUGGCAAAUGCUCUCUGUGCUUUUGUAAAAUGAUUGUGAUAUAAACCUUUAUUUAUGAUCACAGUAACUGUAGAUAUUAUGUACAGUAUUUAGUGUUCAGUUUGGAAGAUUUGCCAUGUCAAAAAAAACAUUAAAGGACAUACAUCUAGUCUUAUGGAUCAAACCGA